AUGCCCUGCAAUUGUUCCAAUGCUUGUUGCUGUGAGAGAGUGACCAUCAAAUCAUAUAUAACUGGGAGGUUUUCUGAUCCUAGAAACCGCGGGAUAGUCGGGAAGGUGAGACCUUUGAAGGCUUCUUCAGCCCGGCCCGGAAGGGUUUGGUCCAGAAGAGUGGAGAUGGAGAGUGGCCAUGGCGAAGGCUCGCGGGGUUCCCUCAUCGUUCUUGAAGGGCUGGACCGAAGCGGCAAGACGUCCCAGUCCAGCCGCCUGGUCUCGUUCUUGGAAGGGAGAGGUGUGCCCGUUGAAACAUGGCAUUUUCCGGAUAGAAGGACGAGCAUUGGGGGGAUGAUAUCUUCAUAUCUUGCCAACAAUGCUCAGCUGGAUGAUCGAGCAAUUCAUCUCCUGUUUAGUGCAAAUAGAUGGGAGAAGAGGUUUGCCUAUGAAACUUAUAUGUGCUUAUUUAUUUAUUUUUUCAUUUUUAGACUAUCAUAUCUGGCUCAUAACUCUCUUUUUUUUUUUCUCAUCUGUAUUUUUAUUGGAAAAUUUAGCUGUUUAUCUAUAGAGUCAAGGUAACCAGUGGCUUCAUGCUCUCAGAGAACUCAUUUUAAGGUCGAUAAAGAAUGAUGGUUGACCUUUCUUUACCCGUAACAUUUUUUUUUAAUUGGUGCUAUGUUAGUCAAUUCAACAAAAAAUAGUUUCUUGAACCGUUUCCGUUUGCGGUGAGAUUCUGGAAACCUACUAGUUAAUCGAGGAAAAAGAUAAAGUUCUUGUUUUCCAGGUCGUUGAUGGAGGCUAAGCUGAAGAGCGGAACAUCACUCAUCGUCGACCGCUACUCCUACUCCGGUGUUGCAUUCUCCGCUGCCAAGGGAUUGGCCAUUGAAUGGUGCAAGGUCAGCGCCUCCUCUGACCUCCCAGCAAGCUUAUAGACGGCUCAUAUUGUGGUUGACUGAGCGAGCCAGCUCCUCUCUCAGGCACCCGAGGAAGGAUUGAUAGCUCCAGACAUGGUAGUCUACCUUGACAUCCUACCCGAGGUACCCAUCUAUAACUUGCUGGUAUUUUCCAUUAAAUUCAGCAGGAAACUUCAUUUAGAGAGCAGCGGGCCCAUCCAGGGUGAGAAUUUUUUUUUAAAAAACUUGGUUUUUAUUUUUACAGUUUAUAUUCUACGGUAUCUGAUCAUCUAUCGAGCAUUGGGACAAUCCCACGACAACGUAGAAGUUUUGAAAUAAUCCAUGGCUAUGGUUGUUUCAGAGAGCUGCAGAGAGGGGGGGCUACGGCAACGAGAGAUAUGAGCAGCUCGAGUUUCAGAGGAAGGUCUCGGACAACUACCACGACCUUAGUGACAGCACCUGGAAGGUACGGGUUUUCAUUCAUGAAGGUACAUUCAUCCAUGGGGAAUUAUUCAGCUCUUCCUCGCUCCCUAUGAGCUCCUUGAAUUGCCGACAAGCCCUCGUCUUCUAGGUUCCCAGAAGCUAAUCCACCUUAGCGCCUAAUCCUGUUCAUCAGCUGUGAGAGAACAUUCUGACCCAGAAAGAGAGAGAGAGAGAGAGAGUUUUGGGGAGGCUGAAGCUAUUCCCGGCAUUUGAUGGCAUUGUCUGGCAGAUUAUUGACGCCUGCCUUCCAGAGGAGGAUAUACAGACCCAGCUGAGGAGCCUGGCAUUGGAGUGCAUCACCGGCUGCCGGAGUGGGAAACCGCUGUCCACUCUCUGGCUCCCCAAGUGA